AUGUUUCCUUUAAGGAGGGUGUUGAGUUGUCAAGUGCCUCUGAAGAGCUGUUCCGUACGGUUCCUUCAAGUAGGGCGCCCAUUACUGAAUGAUCAGACCUCUUUUUUUGGUGAAAUGACCAAGAAGGCCAAACUAGAUAGUGAUGAUCCAAAUAAGCUUUCCAAUAAGAUGACAGUGGCCUCUGAUGUCGCUGAAACAGAAAAGACUGCUUCUCUUGAUUCGAUUACCAUUGAAAACGAUACAAUGUUACAGAAAUAUAUUCAAAGCCAACAACAACCGGAGAAAUUGGCACCUCAUCUACUUCUCACACCUUUUAAGAGGAAACUGUAUAUGGCAAAUUGUGAAUUGAAUGGUUUUUACAAGAAUGAUACCAUUGUUGCUUUACCGGGGACCAGUGAAAGAUACAAAUUGCAUCUGUCACGUCAAGAGAUUGAAGUACUAGAACCAUCGGUAUACGUUAAGUCGUACAGGAUAAAAAGUUCGAUGAAGAAAGCAACAAUGUUGUUGAGAUUACUAAAUGGGUUGGAUGUCAAGAAAGCAUUGACUCAGUGUCAUUUCUCCGCAAAGAAGAUUGCUCGUGACGUCGCAGAACUGCUAGAAAGAGGCAUUGAAGAUGGUAAGAAACUGGGACUUGAUUCUGAUGAUCUAUACAUCUCACAAAUUUGGACUGGUAGUGACGGAAUGUGGGGGAAAAGACUAGAAUGCAAAGCGCGCGGUAGAACUGGAUUAAUUCAUCAUCCUCACGUUCAUGUGAGGUGCAUUCUCAAGACUAAAAGUGUCACCAAGAGCAGACUAGCUUAUGAGGCUCAGCUCAAAGAUCAAAGAAGGAAACCAUGGAUUCAACUCGCAGACAAGCCUGUUAGAGGAGUCCCAGGUGGUGCAUACAAAUGGUAG